CAAUUCAUUUCGAGUAGUGAACGGAUUAACAAGUAGAUUUAAGUUCUUUUUUCUCGUGUUGUGGUUGAAUAAAACUUUUUGUGAAAAUGGCUUCAUGGCUUAUAUUCACCUGUGCUUUAGCAGCAACUUUAGGUAUUUCUGGUGCCACCUUCGGUGACAAAGAACAUGUGCAUAUUCGGAUUCACUUGCCAGAACUACAUGAAGAAACGCAUAGCCAUAAAGAAGUUAUCAUACACGACGAUCAUGGCCAUGGUCACGGUGGCGGUGGACAUGGAGGUGGCGGACAUGGCGGAGACGGCGGCUUUGCUGAAGGCCUAAUCGGAGGAUUUCUAAGUAGUGGAGGUGGACAUGGUCAUGGACACGGCCAUGUAAGUCAUGGACAUGGUGGUGGUGGUGGAUUUGGUGGUCAUGGAAGUGGUGGACACGGACAUGGCGGGCAUGGCGGGCAUGGAGGACAUUCGCAUGGUGGUCAUGGUAACGACGAUUUGCUGAUCGCAACAAUAGCUAGUAGUUUAAGCAGUGGAAGUCAUGGUCAUGGUGGACACGGAGGUCAUGGUGGACAUGGAAGUCAUGGUGGUCACGGAGGUCAUAGCAGUCACGGAGGAUUUGGUGGACAUGGUGGAAGCGGUGGUCACGGUGGUCAUGAGGAAAUAAUUGUUGUUCAAGACGGCGGUCAUUCUGGAGGUCAUUCUGGCGGUUUCGGUGGUGGUCAUUCUGGAGGUUUCGGAGGUGGUCAUUCUGGCGGUUUUGGAGGUGGUCAUUCUGCCAGUUUCGGAGGCGGACAUUCUAGUAGUUUCGGAGGUGGACAUUCUGGUGGAUUUGGUGGUGGCCAUUCUGGAGGAUUCAGUUCAGGAAAUCAUUUAGGCGGUGGAUUUGGAGGACAUUCAGGCGGAUUUAGUGUUGGUCAUUCUGGAGGUGGACAUGAAGAGCAAGGACACGGUAUUGGCCAGGAAGAACUUUUGAUUGCUAGUGUUGCUGGUGGAAUAGGAGGCGAUCAUGGUGGUCACAGCGGUUCUACUUCUGGUGGUUUUCACGGUGGAUUGAGCACUGGAGGUGGAUUCGGUGGUUAUGCAAGUGGCUUCAACAGUUACAGCAACUCAGGACAUGAUAGUUAUAGUGUAGGCGGAGGAAGUGGACAAGGACAUGAUAGUUACAGUGUAGGUGGAGGAAGUGGGCAAGGACAUGAUAGUUACACAAUUGGCGGAGGAGGGAUACAAGAUAGUUACAGUUUGGGUGGCGUAGGAGGUGGUCAAGAUAGUUACAGCAUUGGCGGUGGAAGCAAUUCUAUUGACGCUGGUCACGAUAGUUACAAUUUGGGCGGAGGUGGAGGUGGACAUGAUAGUUAUAGUGUUGGAGGACAUGGCAGUAGCGGCGGUUUCGUUGCUUCAAGUGGAUUCGGACAUGGAGAUGUCGGAGGAUACAGUGGUGGAGGAUUCGAAGCAUCAUCAGGAUUAUCAGGUGGCUACAGUAGUGGUCACGAUGCUGGUAAUUCUGGCCAUGACAGCUACAGCUUGGGCGGUGGAAUUGGAGGCAAUUCAGGCUUUUCCUCUCUUGGUCAAAGCAGUUUUGGGGGCGAUAGUUACACAGGAGUUGAUAGUUACAGUCAUGCACCAUCAGGGCAUCAUACGCAAAGUUCGGGACAUUUAGGAGCAGCUCCAGAAGGAUACGAUUACCCGAAGCCAUCUGUCGGCUUGCACCAUUGAUAAAUCCAUAAAAUUGUAUUCGUAAACUUGCAUUGCCAUCAUUCAUCUCUUGUUAUGUCCGUUUUUCAAAGGACACUACCUUGUACAUAAAACUAGUCUUCCAUUACCCUUCUGUACAUUAUUUAUCAUACCGCUAGCGUCUUUAUUUUUCCUCCCUCAUUCCUCUAUUUUUUGUGCUUAAGUGUGUUUGUAGCUUUAAGAUUCGUAACUAAGCUUUUGUUUCAAAAGUUGUUAUUUCGUUUGUAAGAACUUGUUAGCUUGUAAAAUGUUACGUUUUCGUUAACAUUACUUUCAAUAAAAAUCUUAAAAAAAAAU